AUGCGUUUGAGAUUGGGAACGGUUGUAAGACAUUUUUCUUCAAGCCUAAGUAGACUCAGACGUAGGAACAGGUUCAAGAGACCAGCAUCAUCACCCGACAUUAACCUAGGAAACCUUUUCGACUUAGAAGCCCUUUUAGGAUCAACCGACACUAGAUCAGAACCACCAACACCAGAACCAGAAAUGAACGAAUUCGAUCGAUCAGUGAUGGAAAUGACGAAAGCCGUUGCACCGACACCGGGAUCGGCUAUUGUCCUACCCAAUCUUGGAGACUCGUUUUCGGUCAAAGGACACCACUUGAAGCUAAUUCAGGACAACCAAUAUGACGGCCGAGCCAAAUCCGACCCCCAUAAGCACGUAAGCAAGUUCACCGGUUUAUGCAAAAUGUUCAAAUAUGGAGGAGAUGUCACCGAAGACAAUGUGAAGCUUAGCUUAUUUUCGUCGUCUCUCAUCGGAGAGGCACGUGUUUGGUUCGAUGAGCUCGAUGAAGGUACCAUCACUACAUGGAAUCAACUUCGCGAAGAGUUUGUCUCGCGAUUCUUUCCCUCGAGUUUAGCUAGGAAAAUGCUUAGAGACAUCAAAGCUUUUAAUCAAGACAAAGGAGAAGCACUAGUUGAUGCAUUGAAAAGGCUUAGGGAAAUGAUUAGGAACUGUCAUGAGAAUGGGCUACCAAAGGACGAGAUCAUGGAAAUCUUUUUCUAUGGUCUAACCAAGACUUCCCAAAAGGACUUAGACCUAGCCGGUGGUGAUAACUUUUUGUAUAAGUCUACCAAUGACGCAUACAAAAUGAUGCAGGAUAUGGUGCAAGCUAGCUUAGCUCGAGACAUGGAUGAUAAGGAUCGAGAUAGGAGACCGAGAAGGACCGUGGCUAGCAUUAAGAGCAGCUCCGAAACUGAGGUAUAUCAUGAACUUAAAGCUUUAUCUGACCGAUUAUCUACUUUUGAAGGUAGGUUGGAAGUUAUGGACAAAGACCUCAAGGUGAUUGCACACGGGUGCAACAAAUGCGGAGGAUUGCACUAUACCGAAGAUUGUGAAGAGGAGGCUACCGAGCAAGUCAAUUUUGUCCAGAAUCAAUACCGAGGAGGAGGCUACCAACGAGGACUAUUCUUACGAAACCCCGGUAAUUCUCACUUUAAUUCUAGUUCUCCUAGAAUUAAUAAUGGUUCUUUUCAAAAUAGGUGGCAAAGGAGCAAUGAUCAACCGGAGAAGCCAAGGGUGAAAGGUGAAGUCAAGGAGGACCCCAUUGCCAAGCUCACUCACAUGAUGGAAAGGUACAUGGACAUGAACGACAAGAGGCACGACUCUUUGGCGAGCAUCACCAAAACCUUAAAUGAGAAGAUUAGCAAUCUCAAUCAAAAGGUUGGUGAAGGAUCAAGGAACCAACAAGCCACAAUCAAAGAGCUGGAGAGGAGGAUUGAUAGGUGCAUAGAACAGAAUCCAAGGAAGGAAAACAGCCCCUCUCCAAGGCAAGUCACUCAAGGCGAUUCAAGCUUAAACCCUAGCACGAGUCAAAAGUACCAACCACCGAUCGUGAGGAGCGAGAAUGUGAACAUUGUGUUCACUGAAGAUAAUGACUCAAAUUUGGUUUAUAAUGAUUCUUGUGAAGUGUCAUCGAAUACAGGUCAAACGGAAGCAAAAUGA